GUAAUCUCCUGACGUAACAAAGCGCUGAUGAAGAAGCUGCUCCCUGCUUUCCAUUUCAUCCUUCUGCAGAACAGGAGCACUUUUAUCUGUUCAUCUACACUUGCUUCCAACUAAUUAGGGUUUUUUUUUUAUUAUUAUUUCUGCAGUAGCUCGGGGCAGGUUGCCAGUCCACCACAGAGUUUGAUGUGUACAAGUGGCAAUCUGCCCAUGCAGUGGCAGUUACGCUGAAAAAUGCCCCUCGGCAGAUUGCCAUCAAAGUUACGCAAAAGAUUAAUUUCUGUGGAACCGAAAAAGAAAAAUUUUUGUGUUUAGUCUGGGAAGUCUGAAUCCUGCUCCUAGACCCACUGGUCAGGCUGAACUGGUCCAAAAAGCAAACUAUUUGGCAAAUGUCUGAUAGACACACGUGGAGAUCACUCAGGACUCACACAUACACACAUAGGUGGAGCAUGGACUUAAACCAGAGAACACAAGGCUGUGCAUUCAUCAGUAUGGAGUCUGGAAAGUCAAAGAAAACGACAUGGAGUGAUGACGGAGUAAAACAGUGUGUCAGCGCGACUGAAUGAGUGGAAUGUCAGCAACAAGGAGUGGAAGAGCAGGAGGAGUGUGGUGACACUCGGGCAGGGGAGGGGACAAGUGCAAAGCAGCUGCUGAGAGCUCAGGAGGAGCGUUCAGACCUGAGACACAGGUUCAAAAACACUACCAACACAGACAGACCUGCACCUCAACGAACUGCUGCUCCCUCUUUCUGUUUUCGGGGCAAAGAGAUUGAGUGAACUCAUCAAGGGAGUCUUCAAGACAUGAGCAGUGUUCAGGACAGCUGUCGACAGUAUGGAGAUUCCUUUUUAGAGUUUGGAUGGAGAUGAUUUCAAGCGUUGCUGACUCAGACGAUCUGGAAAGACGACAAACAAACCUGCAGCCAUGCCAAACUCACAAGAACUGAGCUUAGAUGAAAAUGCGGUCUUUCUGCCGGUGGACGAGUCCUCCACUGGGUUCCUUCACUCUGAGCGGGAGCGUGAAGCAGUGGAGGAACUCCUGAGCGCAGGAGCCGAGGCCUUCUACAGCACCAUCGGGCCAGAGCGCUUUGGCUGCUUUCUAUCUCCCGAAGAGGUCGGGCAGAUGAGCAACUGGGUUCAGAACUGGGUUCAGCCAGAGGAGGAGAAUGGACUGGAAAGGAACACGCUGGCGGAGGAGUACUGCUCCACCUACUUUCCUGAACCUUUUGACUUUCCAGCCCCAAAUCUGGACCUGGGAUGGCCGGAAGACCAGCCAUGUGGGAAGAACAGCCUGAUGGUUUACAGCAGUCCUCCUGUGGAGGGACAGCCACCCGUCAGGGAGAUCAUAAGAACACAUUUGCAAGAAGCUAAAAAAGUAAUCGCCAUAGUGACAGACGGCCUAACAGACAAUACUAUAAUCAGUGAUUUACACAUGGCUGCUUCCCGAGGAGUCCCUGUCUACAUCAUUCUCAACAAAAGGUCUGCCCAGGAGAAUUUCACCCUCAGCAGACUGCGACAUCCAUACAUGAGGGUUCGAGUUCUUGGAGGAAAAUCUUUUUACUCAAGAACUGGAAGAAAGGUAGUGGGAGAAUUAAAGGAGAAAUUCCUGCUGGUGGAUUUGAAGACAGUGAUCCUCGGCAGCUACAGCCUCACAUGGACGGACGCCCACCUCCAUCGACAGCUGAUCACUGUUUUGACAGGAUCGACAGUUGACUGGUUCGAUACAGAAUUCAGGACUCUCUACGCCGAUUCUCUCCCUGUUCAUGAAACCGUGACGCUCCCGGGAAACAUGGUUUUUCAUGCGCCUGACAAGCUGAAAAACUCCAUCCAUCCCCGCUUCCAAAAACGGCUCUCUGUGGAGCUAGAGAUUCCUCCCAACAUUCCAUCUCCAGCUAAAGACCUGCUCCUGGACUGGAAAGACAUGGGCUUUUAUCAAGAAAUCCCCAGUAGUCAAGACACUCUUCCUGAUUUACAUGAAAACAAUUUGGGAGAAGAGAUAUCACAACAGAAUGACAACAAAGAGGAGUUCAUUUUGGAGAGAAUUGCUUACCAUGGACACCACUUUAAAGACGAGAAAAGGGUACAACAAAACAUCUCACCAAAAACAGUUGGAGUGACAAAAGAUCAUGCAACUUUAACCAAUACUGAACCAAGGUUUACCCAGACAGUAGAUCCAAAGAGGUUGGAAAGACUGGAUCACAAAAUAGAAAAAGCCCUUUGCAGACAAACCCACAAACAGAAAAACAACUUGCACAACGGAUCUACAGAACCAGACGAUGAAGCUUCAGAAACAUACAAGGAGACUCGACUCAUCUUAAGAAGGCAUUCGGGUGUAUGGAUGAGAAAUACCACCAUAACCCCUUCCAGAAGGUCUUUAAUCUUAGAUGAACCAAAACCUGAGUGUCACAGGUAUACGAAUGACAUUCUGAAGACAAUCAUGCAGGGAACUGAGGGGAUUUUAAGGAGAAAAAAUGACCCUCUGUUCUUGGAAAAGCCCCAGUUGGACCUGGGUGGGGUCUACACCGACAUGAGUUGCUCAAAGAUAGGAGGUCAGAUGCCGAGGACUCAAGGAGGAUUUUUUACAGAUCAAAUGACGCCGGCAUCAAUACUGAUUAAGGAAAGAAAUCAAGAGACCAGAGUCGUAACGCCGAAGGCGACGCGCUUGACGAGAGCAUUCGAUGAAAGGAAAGACUUUUAUUCGCUGCGUGGAGAUGAAUAAAGUUUAUUGAAAUUAUUUGAAAAUGAAGGAAAAAAAAUACUUUUUCAUGUCGUUAAAGGCUGCAUUCACUAAAACUUUAAAAUAAAACCAUGUCUUAAAAAAAUAUGCAAAGACAUGUCAUAAUAUUUUUUUUAAGUUUUACAAAUAAAAAAAUAUAUCUUAAUCCCGACCUUUAUAUUGUUCUCAACUCUUACCCAUCAGACAUAUGCACUGUGACAUUAUGAAGGAAAGUGAAAUAUGCUGAAAAAUAUUUGCACUUUUUAUAUCAUUAAAAAAAUGUUUACAUUGUUUUUAUGUUAUUCCUUUAAGAAGAACUCUUUCACUGAAGAACAUAGUGAACAUAAGAAGAAAGCCUUUCUGUAUUAAUUUUCCUCUGCAACUGACUCUGUGACACUUUAUUCUAUAUUUAUUUGUGAAACGUGUACAUUUGUCCUGGG